AUGGAGAGCAGCCUGCCGGCUCCUCCAGAAAGCUCUCGCGCAACGGGCGGCUUUCCAGGAGAGGCCCCGGGUCUGGGACCUCGGCUGUGUCGCAACCGUGGCGGAUUCUCCGGCCGCGGCGUCGACCAUUCCUUUCAGAUGACUCAAGGCGGAACUGCGUACCCUACAGGGAGAAAGCGAGUUCGCGGAGCGACGGCCGACGAGGCCUUCAUCCCCCCGCCGCCGCCUCCUGGCCCUGUCGUUCUGCAUGCGCCGGGGUCGGCGGCAAGCCAAGUGGGAGAUCAGGAUGGGCUGUCCGGAGGCAACGCGUUUGCGGCGCUCCGCCGCCCGGCCGCAGGCGGCGCACCCGGCGCCGCGGGUGCACAUACACCUGGGGACAUGGUGGGAGCGAGCCGGGUUGUGCCGCCGCCGCCUCCGCCGCCGGCCGUCGACGGCGGUCCUUUCUUCGAGGGCGCCUUUUCGGAGCUGGUGGGCGCGCAUGCAGGCGGAAGAAGAGUCCAGGCUGGCGGGCGCAGCGACGAGGGCUUCCUCGAACCGGAGGAUCCCGCAACCUGCACCAACAUCGGUGUGCGCGGCCGCGCGAGGCUCAUGAACGACUACACGCAGCACUUUGUGGACGUGGGAGAGCGGCCGCAAAACUUCAUCCGAGACUGCGAGGAAGACAAACGGUUCCUCGAGUACCCGAAACUCGAGCGACUCAUGAAGCUCAAGCGGCAAGUCCUCGAGCGAAGAAACACCCCCUCGCUGUGUAUUCAGGCGAAUCUUCACCAUUUCGACUGGGGCAUUCUCGGCGGCGUGAAGUUCGACGUCAUUCUUGUCGAUCCCCCCUGGCAAGAAUACUUUGACCGCUGCGCUGCGAUUGGUGCAACUAACGAGGAUCUCACCCCGUGGACUCUUGAAGAGAUGCUGCAGCUGCCUGUCGAGAAAAUCGGAGACACGCCCUCCUUUUGCUUCCUCUGGUGUGGCGUGACCCACCUCGAAGAUGCUCGGCAGUUGCUGCACAAGUGGGGAUAUCGACGAUGUGAAGAUAUUUGCUGGCUCAAGACAAACAAGAAAGCUGCGCAGCGUCGACGCGAGCAGAAUGCCGCGCAUGUGAACGACGUUCUGGACUACAAGGCGACUCAGUUGGUGCACGACGAAACGAGCAUUCUUCAGAGAACCACAGAGCACUGUCUCAUGGGCAUCAAGGGCACGGUGCGCCGUUCUCAGGACUCACACUUCAUUCACGCAAACCUGGACACGGAUAUUCUCAUCAGUGAACAGGAAGAAGAAGUGGGGUGCACGCGAAAGCCAGAAGAGCUGUACGACAUCAUCGAGCGGUUUUGCCUCGGUCGCCGACGCAUCGAACUUUUUGGCCGAGACUGGAAUCGCCGAGCUGGCUGGGUGACCGUUGGCUGCGAGUUCGGCCUGACCACGUUCGAUGCCAAGACGUAUGCAUCGUAUUUCGAUGGCGACGUGGCGUGGCCAGAAGCGACGGACUACAUGGGCGGACGGUACGUUGGAACGAUGCCUGAGAUUGAACAGCUGCGCCCGAAGUCGCCGACGAAAUUUCCAGAUCGGAGUGCGGGAGGCACUUAGGGGACUUUGACCGGUGAAACGUCUUGUUUCUCCUAAGGAAGGGAAGCCGAAACAAACAAAGUUCCCGUACCCUCGCGCAACGCCAGCGUCAAGAACUAAAAGAACGGAGCUAGACCACGGAGCCACCGAGA